AAAAAUAAAAUAUUCUGUAACCAUAGUAUUAAAUAAAAAUUUUUUAUUGCAGUUUAAUUAAGCGUUUGGCAAAUAAAUUGAAAAUUAUUCAAAAUUAUUAACUGUUUAAAUAAGAAGUAUUAGCCAUCAAGAUGUCUGUUUCGCCACCUUGUCCAGCGUUAUCUGCUUGUCCAGCUCCUUGCUGUCCACCAUGUGCACCGGACUGUUGUGUACCGUCUCUUUUAUGUCCAAACCCAUGUGUUCCGGCUCUUCCACCUGGUUCUCCACCAACACCUUGUGUUUAUGUGCCUGUAGUUCAACCAUGUUGUGGUCCAUGUGGUCCUCCAUGUUAAAAAUAAAUGCUUUAUUUAUUUUGUACAGUUAAAAAUGAAAACAUUCGUGCUAAUAAAUCAUAGAUAAUUUUCUCGUUUUUGUAACAAAACUUUAAUACUUUAUAAAAUGUAUGAAUUCUUUUCCUGGUAAAUCGGUAGAAACAAAUUUCUGGAGUUUUAAGACCGUUUUCUGUGGUAAUAUCCUUAUGAUUCUGUGAUUUUUAGAAACCUAACUUCAGUUUGGUUUCCUUUCGUAACAGAUACAGCGGGAAAUGGCAAUAAUAAUUUGUAUUGAAUUUAGCAUUACAUACACAAUAAAAAAAACUGUUUUAUCUAUCUUUUAGAGUGGUUAGUGAGUUUAAGUGUAAUUAAAAGAAUUGAAGAUAGUUUCUUAUAAUGGAAAAAUCGUAUAGUUUUUUACUAAUUGCUUAUUGUGUGCAUAAAGCAGUACAUAGCUCAUGAAACCGUCAGAGUUUAAUUCAAUAGCUCUCCAUGUACAGGACGUUUAUUUACAGUAAAGUUUAUCGCAAAACGAAAGGUCAGUCAAAAAUAAAAAGUCUUCAAAACAUACGGCUUUAUAUAACCUUCGUUAAUUUUGGAAAAGCAACGCUAAUGUAUUGAACUUAACCUGCUAUUUCAAGCUCUUUAAAAUGGAUGGUUCAUUUAAAAGAAGUGAGGUAACAAACGAAUCUUCUUUAGACAUCGACCAACAGGAACAUUUACAAGCUGAAUUUCCCUUUUCUGUGCUUACUGUCCCAUCAGUUAGUCCAUCAAAAAGUCGGUAUGGAAGGACCUGCAAACCAAAAAUUUCAACAGAUUAUUACAACAUUGAUGACAUAUUUGAAACAACCAAAACCAAAAAACAAGCCGUUUCCAAAAACUUAAAAAAGAUCAGUAAAAGUGACAGUGAAGUUACUCCUAAAAAAUUAAUUUCCAAGUAUAAAGCUAAUCACAACACAAAUUUAUCUUUUGUACAUGUUACAGGAGAGACAAAUUUUGCUAAUUUAGACAGUAAAAAUAAUAUUUCUUGCAGUGGUAAAAGAAAAUUUAAAUUAAAUAAAAAUAAUUCACAUAGUGUUAAAACUAAACAGGAUAGAUUAAGUACAGAAGGAUUUUUACAAAAUGGUAAUUCAAAAUUAAAAGAAAAUGGAAUAGAUAAUGUCCAUCAGUCAGAAGAAAAACAGUUUGAUGAAGAUCUAACCACAAAUUUGACCAAAGUAUUUAAGAUUAUUUCUGAUAAAUCAGCUCUAUUAAAUGAAAAGCCAGAUAUUAAUUUAAGAAAACACCCAGUUAAAACAUAUGGCAACAGAAAAAAAUUUAUGCCAAGAAGAAGAGUAGUAGAAAGUUUUGGAUUGCCAGAUUUGCCAAUAUUUCCUGUAGAAAAUGAGCCACCCUUAAACAAAUCAAACCAAGGGAAAGACAUUUACUUUAAAGGUGCUGUGUGUGAUGAAGAUGCCAAUACCGUUAAUAAGAAUGUAUCAUGGGAUUUUAACUUGAAUAAAGAUGAGUUUGAAAAAUGUAGUGCUAAUAAAAGUGCAUUUAAUAAAACAAAUCCAGCUGGUGUUUGUAAAAAAAAUUCUUAUGUGCCAAAAAAGGAGUUACUUUUAAAAGACGAGUUUGAAAAAAUAAAACUAGAAAAACAAAUCAGAAAUAGAUUAUCUUCUAAACCACAAGAAAAUAAUGUCAUUGAAAAUAUGGAAAAUAACGUAUCUACCUCAGAAUGUCUUACUGUUGAAACAUUAAGUACAAGGAAUGAUGAAUCUAAGUCAACUAGAGAAAAUGAAAAUGAAGUUGUACCUCAAACUAAUAAAGAAAAAGUCAGUAAUAUUGCAAUCCAUGACUUACAAUUUGGUGUAAAUAGCGAUAGCUGCACUAAAAGUAAUAUUGUUUCCUCGUCUAUUAAAACUCAAGCAUUAUUUAUUUCUGAUUUAUCAAAUAAAACUGAUUUGUGUAAAAUUGAAUCCUGUGAAGCUGAAGUAAAUAUUGACGGUUUGAAUUCUAGAGACACCCCGCAAAGAAUGUUACGUUCACCUUUAAAGAAACUGAAACUUGAAAGAGGACAAAUGUCAAAAACUCUCAGAAAAAGCCCUAGAAUAAAUAGCUUAAUUACUAGUAAUAUUAAAAGGCAAAAUCUGGGAUCACAAUCUGUAUUAAAAUUAACAAAAAAUGUGACAUUAGAUAAGCCUGCACAGGAACCAGAACAAAUAACAGAAGGGCUAAAAAUGGUCACAAUAAAUGAACAACUACAAAUAACUGAAAGUAGUAAGAUAGAUAAAAAAUUAAAAAAAGUUGUAACAAAAAAUUCUAAGAGUUCAAUUUUAGAUCCAGAAGAAUUAAACAGCCAUAUUACUAUAAAUAAAAAAAAAACAUCUGAAGUUAUAGUAAAUGAUGGUUUUGUUAAAAAAGAAAAAAGAAAUGCCAAAGAGGGCAAACAGUUCAAGAUUGAUGAGAAAAUUGAAGUUUCUAAUGAAACUCCAAAUGAUGUAACAAUUAAUUCUGAUCAACAAAGAUUAAAAAUGUCGAAAUUAAUAGAGGUAAGUGCAAUUGAAGAAAAUAAAAAAAAAGGAUUCAAAAAUAAUUUACCAUUAAGAAGAAGUCCUAUUAAGAGAAGCUCUACAUUAAGUAACAAUUCUCAAAGUACAUCACCUAAACAGAGUCCUAGCGAAAAACCUGUUAUAAUGGAAGAUGAUCUGUUAAAAGAAAUUGAGCAGAUUACUCACACGUAUUCUCCUCCAAAGGAACAAAAAGCAAGAAGGAAAAAUUCUGUAAAUAAAUUUAGAAUAGGAGAACUGUCUGCACCUAAAAAUAUUAAAGUUCCAAAAAUUUCUAAACCAAAAAAAGCAUCUUUAAAAACUAAAGAAGAUAAAAAAUAUAAUUUUAAUAGCAGUAGUACGUAUGAACAACCAAUAAAAACGGAAGAUUCAGUAAAUAAACCUGUAGUAGAUAAAAAAAUUUCGAAUUUGAUAAAUGAAAAAAGAGAAAUAUUCAAAGCAGAAUUUUCAAAAAGAACCCUUAGAUCAAGCACCUCAUUCAUUUCAACUAUCGAUGAAACAAUAACUCCAUACCUAGGUAAAAAGAAAAAAAGUAAAAACGGAACUCAAAGUCAUACCAGUUUAGAAACUAGCAGUUUACAUGAAACCACAGAAGUGCUACCCAAACAUAAUGCUGAUAAAACGUUCCCCAAUAUGAAUGAAACGCUACAUAUUAAAGAAGAAGUUGAUGAUAUGCAACCAGCAGAGAAGGCUGUAUAUGAAGUGGGAGAUUUAGUGUGGGCUCGAGUGGGUACCUGCCCAUUUUGGCCCAGUAUGGUAUGUGUAGAACCAGGCACUGAAGUUUUGAGUAGAACAUUAAUUAGGAAAGGCCCUCAACAAUUUUAUCAUGUCAAAUUUUUCGGAGAUAGAGGAAAACGCUCUUGGAUAAAUUUUAGAAAUAUGUUUCCUUAUCAAACAAAAAAUGAUUUGGAAGUUUUAUUUAACAAAAAUAAAUCGAAGCCUGUAUUCAAGAAAAGUUCAGGACGAGCGAAACUUUAUCAGUUUUAUAAAGUUAGUAAACAUUUUAUACCAAAAUGGAAAAAAGCAGUAGAAGAAAUUGAUUCACUCAAAUUUAAAACGGUUUCCCAAAGAUUAGAUUUCUUUGAGACAGUGGCAUUAGCAGUUUCCAAUAUUGUGAAAAUAAAGAAGGAGAAAAAAGCAAAAUCACCAAAGAACAAAACUGACUUAUCACCACCACGCCUUUUACGAUCUCACGUUACUGGUGAGGACAGUCUAAAGAAAAUGGAGAGUCCAAAACCUCAUAAAUGUAAAUCCAACAAGUCAACAUCGCGUGAGUUGAACUUCACAGAAAGGAUAUCUUUUAAUAAUUUUGUUUCCAAACAUAUCAAAGGUUUGAAAGAAAGCAAACCUGAGUUGGACGAAAAGAGCAUGGAAAAACACCUACAAGACCUUUGGAAUAAUUUAAAUCCGAGGGAAAAAAAGAUUUACGGAUUUUCAUCAGAUGUAACGUCAGAAUAUUCAGAUUCCGAUACACAGUCAAGCUCAAAAGGUAGUACGUCAAGUGCAAUUCCUCAUUCAAUGGAAGAGCAAGUGAAACUUUACAAAAGAAACAAUUUGUUCAAAAAGGUCAGUAGACAACGUGUCUGUAAUUACUGUGAGAAACCAGAGGGUGUUUUGAAAUGCAAAGGUCCUUGCAAUGGCUUAUAUCAUCCACAGUGCACAAGAAUUAUUAAUUUGGACAACAAUGAAGGCAUCAAAAUUAAAAUAGAAAAAGAGGAUGAGGACUGUUUGGAAGAAAAGCAUGCCAUCAAAAUGGAAGAUGAUUGUUCGGACAAAGGUGAAACUGUUUCCAGUACACGUGUCGCAGAUGUGUUAAAUUCUGUAACUAAAGUAAUGAAUCCUAUCACGAAAACAAUGAAUUCACCCGUAGGAAAUGAUGUCGAGGAAUUCGAUCCAAAUAAGGAGAUCAAAGUAGAGCAGAUUGAAGAACAUUUUAAUAGUAAUAAUCUUCUCGAAAGACUUCUGGUUGCAGAAAAUAUGAACGAUGAUAAUCGUGUAGAAAUAAUUUCAGUAUAUUCCGAUGACUCAGAUGACGAUAUUUACGAAUUGCCGCCCAUUGAAGCGACAUCGAGAAGAUUGUCGUUAUUUGAACAGAUUGAUCUUAAAAUGAAAGAGGUCAUGGGAAAAGUUGGAGAUAAAACUAGUUAUGCCGAUUCGACAACAGAUCUGAGUAGUGGGGAUAUUACAGAAUCUGAAGAAACACCAAAAUCCGAUAAAACGAUUAUUUCUGAAGAAAAACAUGAACAAAUAAAUGAUGAAAAUGUUACUAACCUAAAGAGUUCCUCCCAGGUUUCUAGUUCUGCUAUAGAAAAAAUUGAAGCCGAUGAUAAUUUCAGGUGCGCAUUUUGCUUGAGAGAUAUUAGUGCUCCAUGUUUUGUAUGUGGCUUAGAAAUCUCAACAAAAGGUGUAUCUGUAAGGAUAAAGUGUUCUUUGUAUCAAUGUGGAAAAUUUUAUCAUUUAGACUGCUUAAAAAUAUGGCCUCAAACUCAGUGGUCUCUCAUAAACAGUUCAAAAUCGAAAAAGACUGACAGACAACUUGAAUCAUUUGUAUGCCCUUCGCACGUAUGUCAUACAUGUGUUUCCGAUAAUCCACGUGCUGCAAUUUCCCGCUGCUCGAGCGACAAAGUUGUAAAAUGUCUUCGAUGUCCUGCGACUUAUCACACUUCAAACAUGUGCGUUCCCGCAGGCACCAUUAUUUUAAGUUCUUCUCAAAUUUUGUGUCCGCGGCAUCGAAAAAGAAUACGAAAUUCCGGAAAAUUACCUAACAACGUGCAAACGAUAAACACAACAUGGUGCUUUAUAUGUUCGGAAGGGGGCAAUUUGAUAUGUUGCGAAACGUGCCCGACAAGUGUACAUCCCGAUUGCCUUAAGGUUAAUCUGAUGGACGACGACACUUUUAUUUGUGAAGAUUGUGAAUCUGGAAGAUUUCCACUUUAUGACGAAAUAGUGUGGGCUAAAUUAGGCUCUUUCAGAUGGUGGCCGGCCAUUAUAUUAUUUCCUAACGAGGUACCCGAUAACGUCAAUAACCUUCCCCAUCGAGAGGGAGAGUUUGUCGUUCGAUUUUUUGGUUCUCACGACCAUUACUGGGUCAACAGAGGUAGAGUAUUCUUAUUUCAAGAAGAGGAUCAAGGAGGACGUUCACAUCAGAAGCGAAAAAUCGAUCAACUCUUUAAUAAAGCUAUUGAUGAAGCAGUAGCUGCUUAUCGACUUAAAAAAGAAUUUAAAUCUCAAAAAGAAUCUGAAGUUAAAAACGGCUUAAAACCACCUCCUUACAUUAAAAUAAAAGUUAACAAACCUGUAGGAAGUGUUAAACAAAAUGACGGGAAUACCAGCAAUACUACUGCAUGCGAAUGUGAUCCAAAGCAACCAUUCCCAUGUGGUCCCGAUAGUGAUUGUAUUAAUCGACUCCUUUUAACUGAAUGCAAUCCUGAAUUAUGUCCAGCGGGAGAUCGAUGCUACAAUCAGAGAUUCGAGAAGCGACAAUAUUCUCCCCUGGAACCGUACAAAACAGAAAAUAGGGGUUGGGGUCUAAGAUCGCUGGCCCCCAUUAGAAAGGGAGACUUUGUUAUAGAAUACGUCGGUGAGCUCAUAGACGACACCGAAUACCAAAGAAGAAUUAAAAGAAUGCACGAAACUAAAGAUGAAAAUUACUAUUUUUUAACGGUGGACAAGGAUAGAAUAAUUGACGCAGGUCCUAAAGGUAACUUGGCAAGAUUUAUGAAUCAUUCCUGUCAGCCAAACUGUGAAACACAGAAAUGGACAGUGAACGGUGAUACCAAAGUGGGUCUUUUUGCACUAGAAGAUAUACCUGCCAAUACAGAACUAACGUUCAAUUAUAAUUUAGAGUGUGUUGGUAAGGAGAAAAAAGUUUGUAAAUGUGGCGCUCAAACGUGCAGUGGCUUUAUUGGACUUAAAUUUAAACCGGAAAGUACAAAGAAAGCAAAGAAAAAGGAAAGUUUGUCGAAGAAAAAAACGAUAUCUUCACCAACAACUGUAACAAUCAACGACAAUGUAUGUUUUGUCUGUGAAAAAUCAGGGGAAGUUCGGGGUUGCUGUUACAAAGUUUGUAACAAAUUUUAUCAUCUAAAAUGCGUUUCUCUACAAUAUUGGCCAGAAGGAAAUAAAUGGUUUUGCCCAUCACAUAAUUGCAAUAUUUGUGGUAAAAGAACCAUACGGUGCUGUUACAAAUGUAUUAACUCCUACUGUCCUUCACAUGCUGAAGGAAAUGUUCGAUAUGACAGAAUGCUUGGAUUUGUUUGUUCGGACCACGAUCCGGCCAGGACGUUAGAAGAAAAGCCUCUUCAAAAUAAUACACCCAGAAGAAAAUCGAGGGUUACUACUACAAAAGAGACGGACAUUACCUCAACUACUGACGAUAUUGUCAUAGAAGCGGAAAUGCCAUUGAAAGAUAUUAGAAAUCAGAACAAUAGUUGUGAAGAACACCCUUCAAAAGAAAAAAUAAUUUCAACAAAAGUCUAUUUGAAACCUGAAGAUGACUUUGCAGAGGUUCAUACUAUGACGUCAACACCCGUGAAAAAAAGUCAAAAUCCGCAAAUAGUAGAAGAAACAGGAACAGAAGAGGAAACGGAAUUGCCUCACGCGGAAACUGCCUCCUCGGUAUCGAACAAAAGAAAACGGCGGGUCAAAUUGAAAAAAAAUAUGAGGGCCUCGAAGAAAAUCAAAUUGGAGGACAACGUGAAACAAAAACGUAAUGUAAGUGUUUCGAACAUAUUAAGCAAUAUCAGUGUUCAAAAUGAAGUGAAGUUAUCUUCGACUGUUCCUGCGAGACAUUUGCGAACUACGCGCAACAGCUUAAGUAAUUCGACAAGUGACAAGUUCCUUAAACAUCAAAGUGAACUCGAAAAAGACCUUCCAAUCAGGAAGCGAACUAGAUUACGGUAUGAAGUAAGUGCGCAACAGAACUAAUAACGUUUUAAUCGUAUUGAUUGUUUUUACAUUAAUAAAAAUAAUACUAGUAGCUGUAGUAAUAUAAGUUACAAAACGUUCUAUAUAAGACCGUUGUGUCUGCCAUUGGAUAUAUGUAUAAUGUUUUGAAUUAUUUUUAUUCUAUUAUUAUUUUAGUUUUCGUAAGAAUGUAUUCAUUUUGUACAGUCUGUAUUUUGAAAAAGUGUGUAUUAUUGCUGCAUUUUAAACGAGUUUAUGCUAUUUUUAAAUUUUGAUGCAACCGGUCUGUUUUUGUAUAAUAAUUAUGAUAUCGAACUAAUUCAUGCCAUUU